AUGAGCGUUCCAGAAAAAUUUGAUUCAAUUGGAGUUCUCGACUACGAUAAAUGGCUUGAACCAAAGCACUUCCAACACACGCCUCAAGCAUUAAGAGAUGACGAUGUAGACAUUGAAGUUGAAGCUUGUGGUAUCUGUGGUAGUGACAUCCAUGCCGCUAGCGGUGCCUGGAGUAGACCUUACGUUCCAUUAGCCGUCGGACAUGAAAUUGUUGGAAAGAUUGCUGCAGUUGGCCCAAAUGUUACCAAAUUCAAGAUUGGUGACAGAGUUGGGGUUGGUGCUCAAUGUGAUUCCUGUGGGAAAUGUAUCAUAUGUCAUGAUGGUAAGGAAAAUCACUGUAAGGGAAUUGUUGGAACUUAUCGGGGGCUUUAUAAGGAAACUAAUACUCCUACCCAAGGUGGAUAUUCUAACUUUGUGAGACUUAAUUCCAGGUUUACCUUCAAGAUUCCUGAUGCAAUUUCAAGUACUGACGCUGCCCCUUUAUUAUGUGGUGGUAUUACAGGAUUCCGUCCAUUGAUGACUGCUGGUGUCAAGAAGGGGACUAAGGUUGGUGUUAAUGGUAUCGGUGGUAUUGGCCAUAUGACGAUCUUAUUCGCCAAAGCCAUGGGUGCUGAAGUUACAGCAAUUUCUAGAAAUGAUAAAAAGCAAGCAUUGGCAAAGGAACUUGGUGCUGACCAUUAUAUUUCCACAAGUGAAGAGGGCUAUGAUGAAAAGCAUGCCUAUAAGUUGGACGUCAUUGUUAACACUGGAUCAUCCUUUAGUGAAGGUAGUGUUAACAGUAUGUUAAAGCUUAUCAGACCAGGUGGUAGAUUGAUUAGUAUUACUGUACCUCCAGCUACCGAAAAAUUGGUGAUCGAUCCUUUCACUUUCCUUUUGUCUGGUGUUUCCAUUGAAGCCUCUAUCAUUGGCUCACCAAAAGAUAUCGAGUACAUGUUGGAAUUUGUUGCUGAACAUAAGAUCAAGCCUAGGAUUGAAACAAUUGAUAUCUCUGAAGAAAAUGUUGCUACCGCUUGGCAAAGAGUAACCGAUGGUGAUGUUAAAUUCAGGUUUGUACUCACAGGUUACGACAAGUAUUUCAAGAAAUAUGCGAAUAUUAAGUACACAUUUCACCAAUAUGUUUUUAAUUAUGUAAACAUGAGCUCUCAUCUGUAG